AUGGCAAAGUCUCUUUCCAUGUUAAUGUUUGUAUUCACAGUAGUAUCUUUCAUGUCUCACACAAUUUUUUCCCAAGAAUAUGAUUAUUCACUAGAAGAUGUGAGCAUACCUCCUAUACCAGAUUAUAUCGAAGCUCCAUCACAACCACAAGUGAGUUAUUACACGGACGAAGAGUUUGCUUUUCUUCAGGAUUGCCUUAAAAAGGUGGAAACGGAUUAUUGUGGAGCUAAAAUUUUGAAGGACAUGUUGGAUGAGACUACGACGCCGUUGACGAUUGGAUGUUGUCGUGAUCUAUUAAAGAUUGGCAGAGAUUGUCAUCUAGUAGUAGCUAAAUACGAAUCUGUACCCCAGAAUGCUUUUAUAGAUCCUAGUGCAUCUAAUGCAGUCGCAAAAAGCAAAUAUACAUGGAAGGAUUGUGUCCGCAGAAUUGAGAGCUACAUUGGUGCUCCCGAGCAAUCCCAAGAAUUUGAUCGAUAUUCACCAGAGGUACCUGAGGUACCAGAGGUACCAGAAGAUGUGAACAUAUCUCCUACGCCGGAUUUUGAUAUCCACGAUGCUCAUGAUCCUCCAUCCGCCGAUUCACCGUCAUUGGACCGAAGGUUGAGUUAUUACACGGACAAAGAGUUUAAUAUUCUUCAGGGUUGCCUUGACAAGGUGGUGACGGGAUAUUGUGGAGCUAAAAUUUUGACGGACAUGUUGGAUGAGACUACGACGCCGUUGACGAUUGAAUGUUGUCGUUAUCUAUUAAAGAUUGGCAGAGAUUGUCAUCUAGUAGUAGCUAAAUACGAAACUAUACCCCAGUUUGCUUAUUUUGAUCCUAGUGCAUCUAACGCAAUCCCAAAAAGCAAAUAUACAUGGAAGGAUUGUGUCCGCAGAGUUGAGAGCCAUAUUGGUGCUCCGAUCUCUUUGGAAUAA